CACUGGUGGGAGGAAGGAAACUGAGAAGACGGCUUGGUCUUAUAACUGACUGUGUUACUAUUGAAAGGAGUCGGGAAAAGGAACCGCUGUUAGUAAAUUGAAGAAUCGAUGUUGCCACUAAUGAUGGAUCCUAGAAUUGGCUGGAUUCAACCGGAACAAAAGGGUCCAGCAUAUACAACAUGGAGCGACAUAAUGAUUCAGGAUGUCACUUCACCAUCAACGAAUUUGGAAAAUCUUCGUGCUGGAAGGCCGGACUAUAUCCCUCUGAAUCAUAAAAAUACUUUUAGUGACGCAAAGGAGACUACCGCGUUAAACAACUUGAUAAACGCAGACAAAAGUCAUGUUAGUAAGAAGAAAAAAGUUGAAAAUCGAACCCCGUGGUGGUCCAAGGAAAAAAGCUAUCCAGACGGCCCAGUUGGGUAAGUCGCCAUUCAGGUCAUUUCAGCGAGAAUUCUUACAACGAAGAAGUGACAACCCUCACAAUUGAAAGCUAAUAAGUUAUUCUUUCGUUUUAUUAAGGCUUCAUGAGGAAAUUCUGGACUUUCAUAAUUUUAUGAAACCUCGUCCUGCUGAACAUAGGAUGCGACAAGAAGUAAUAUCGAGAGUUCAAGAAGUCAUCAAACAACUCUGGCCUACAGCUGAAGUACGUAGGGAAAAUUCACAUAAUUUGCUCAGUUUUUUUGUCAUAAAUUCAAAGUAAGUUUGCUAAAUGGUGUAACAAGUAUGGGAAAUGACGAGGUUUUGUUUUUAUCAAAUUUUUUCAGGUGGAGGUCUACGGAAGCUUCCGAACGGGCCUCUAUUUACCAACCAGGUGAGAGCAAGUAGCAACUUUUUGUGAGUCGAAAUAAAAGGUGUUUAUGAUCUGUAACGUUUUGUGCCCUAUUUUAGAUUUUCCUCGCAUGGGUCCUGCUAUCGCCAGUGUGAAUUGGAUCUAAUAAAGAUUAUCGAGUAGUGAAUGGAUAUCACUCUACAACCGUUUAAAUGAAAAGCAAAACAUGUACUGUAUCUUUUCAAUAAACCGUUUGUGGUGAGCAGAAACAAGGUUUUCGUGUAAACAUUAUGCAACUUGAAACCCCCGGAGGAUAUCUCUAUUUUGAACAUAAGCAGUUUCAAAUAGUUCUGAUGUCACAGUACCCAAUUGUAAGUAGUUGUUAUUCAUUUAAAAUCCGUUGCUUCUUAUUAGUGACAUCGAUAUUGUCGUCUUUGGCAAAUGGGAGAGAUUGCCUCUAUGGACGCUUGAACAGGCGCUGACUGCGAACAAAAUUGCGGAGGUUUCGUCGAUCAAGGUCUUGGAUAAAGCAUCGGUGAGACUAGUUUUUUCUUUUAUAGUAUAUUUGUAUUAUGAACACAAAUAUCGCGACAACUCGUGAUGAUAAGCUUAUAUACAAGCUUAAUACUCACUAAUAAAAUACAGAAUAAAUGAGGUUAAAUUACCCCCGACUCUCUGAAAGCCUGUUAUGUAUUAAAGAUGCACGAAAGCUUCUUUUCUGCUAAUGUUUUCGAAGGAGAGCUGUUUUUGUCACUCAGGAAAGGUGUCACAAGCUUUUUCCUUCGCGAAUAACAAAUCUGUAGGAAGUGACAACGCUAUAUAAAUCACAAAAUAGUUAACAUCGCACGGGAAAAUACUUGUUGAAUAUUCACGUAUUUUGUAUGAUCCUACUUAUUUCGGUAUGCAAAUUCAAUGCGGGUUCGUCCCUUAGUGAAAUUUGAAUAUUUAUGACCUUUGUUUUCAGACUCUUAUUUUUUUUGCCUGGGGCGUUAUGUAUAAUACUUUGUCUGUCGUCUACAUGUAGUGCCUCAAAAAUUUCAACUACACGAUUUCAGCACAAGAUUUUUGUGUGGGUGUGCCAUGUUGAAGGACUUAAUGUACUCUCACAAUGAUAAAAGAACAUCAUUUCUGUUAUUUUUUGUCAUAAUGUUAAAUUAUUCCAUAUUUUGCCACUCAUGAAGGAUAUACAGCUGUAGUUCGGGUUGUUUGGGGGCUUUUGAAAGUACCUAAAUGGUUCGUGGUUUUUGUUCAUGUCAGUUAUGUAGUGUCAUAAUUUGCAUUAAUUGUAUCAAGUGGAACUGUGAAUAUUUCAGAAAAUUUUAAGUAAAAUAAUAUUUACACAACUUUUGGCAUCAGUUGAAACUUGUUAAAUUUUUAGAUUCUUCAGCCCAAAUAAAGGAUUUAUACAUGCAGUUUGAUAAAUGUAGUGGAUAUGUCUUAGGUAAAAUCCCUUUUCAGGUUAAAGUAGUAUUCAGCCUAGUUUGAUAGAGAAUUUCCAUUUUCUCGGUCCUAAUUAUUUAUAGCAGAAAUAGGAAAUUCUGUUUUCAAUUUUAUCCGCAACAGGUAUUGAUAUGACAUUCAGUCCAGUGUUAUUACGAGGAUAGGUGUUCCAUAAUCUGUGCACAAAGACCUUUUGAAGUAUAAUUUCUAAAUAUUAUAUAGAACCAGAAUGGCUUAACCAAAAACUAUAACUUUUUUAAAUAAAAAAAUAUGUAUGUGUAAAAUGAUGAAGACCAAAAUUAUUCCCUAAUUUCACGAGUAUACCAUUAAUAUCAUUGGUAGUGCUUCUGAUUGGCUGCAGCCAAUUUUCAAUUUUCAGCAUGGAAUUUCUGCACUUGUUCCUUAGGCAUAAUUUUUCAGGGAAACUAUUGGUGGCAUUGCAAAUUUGUCAAUUAUGCUGAGCAGCCUGGAAAUCACAGUGUUCGAGCACUGGGCUCCCUGUAAUUUUUCUCGGAGCACAACUUUGCAUUUUUUCCUACCAGUCAUGUGCAAAGUAACUGACUGCUAGCAGAGCAUUACAUCUCACCUAUUUUUAUAGUUUCCUGCUUACCUGUGUUUUGUUUUUGAUAUAAAGAAGCAUUUCCUUUACAGGAAAAAAUCUGAGAAUGUAAAAGUGAUGUGCUGUCUAUGAACAAAAAUUUCUUGCAAGAAUUUGAAAAGGUUUUACACUGAAUACAACUGAACAGUCACCCACUUUGCACUUAUUCAGCCAUGGUUAUAAGGCAAGGGGUGAUAUACAGUUGGUGUUGUGGUGUUUGUCCUAGAGGGGGUUAACUGUUUUGAUUUGACAACUGGCUUGCUUCAAAUGGUGCAUUUGCUGCAAAAAGUCUUCACCUGUACAUAAGAGUUGGUGGGCUUGUUGCUAAACCAUUUUUGGCCACUCAGUAUACAUCACCCUGGACAAUUACAAAAUAUUUUUUCAAUAUAAUAUAGUUAAUAUAGUAAAUAUAUAAUUGAAGAUGAUUUUUUAAGUGAAAAGUUCAAGUGGUCGUUGUCAGGGUGGGUAAUUCCAGAGCUAUCUUGUUUCUAUCGAGAGAACUGCAAAAUUUCUAUUGUACAUGUAGUUCUAAACUUUGAGUGUGUUGGCUAAGCCUUGUGAUGCUGAUCAUUUGAGACUUUUCUUGUGAUAAUCAUGAUAUUUACUGAGUUUAGGGUUUAACACUGAAAGUGGCAGAAUUAUAAUUUUGUCUAUCAUGUGAUUGACAAAGAUGCCUUUCAUGUGAUAGUCCAAAAUACUGCACUAUUCCAGGGGGCUUGUUGGAGCUAACACAUAGCCCUGGUGAUGUCUAUCAAAAUGAUGUAACAUAAUGCGUGCAAAAAAGUUAAACCCUGUGUCAAUAUUUUGCAUUUUUAAGGUCUGUUACGGUUUCUUUAUAUGGUUGCAGUAAAUAUACAAAGCCAAAACAUCUGAUAUCUUUAAUAACAAUCGCGGCUGUUUUUAACAUUUUCUUUAUUCAGGUUCCUAUAAUCAAAAUGACAGACCAGAAAACCAGUGUGAAAGUGGACAUAAGCUUCAAUGUCCCAGCUGGGUUAAAAGCAGCCGACUUCAUAAAGGUAAACCUUUUUGAAUGGCUUUCCAUCAUCUUUGUCUGAGGAUGCAAUGAUAUUAUUUGCCCAGUAGUGUAUGGCUGAUGACAAACUUUUAAACAAAAAGCUUGCCAUAUUUACUGUUUAACAGAAAAACUUUUUCUUCUAAAAUUUAUUUUUAAUUUAUUAUUAUGUGAUGUGAAUUUUAAUCUUUUAUUCCCUGUUCUGGUUCUAUAUAUCCAUGUUUUUGUCCAAGGGUUUUGAAUAUAAAAAAUUCUUUGGGAAAAAAAAUUCAUAACUGUAGUAAUAUAUUCUUUGAUAAAUCUUACCUUUUGUUUCAUUACCUGGAUUCUUGGCUAGUCCGUGAUUUGCUUUAACAGAAAAAGUUUAAAAGUUGUUUAUUUUCUGUUAGGCUAGGUUGUUGAAAUGGUUCCUUAUUAGUAGUAGAGUCACAACAUACAUGUGGCUUUACAAAAUAUGGUUGUACGAACUAAUUAAAAAUUAAAAAUCAAUCACAAUCAGACAAUUGAAAGAUACAUCUAUUAAUAAAAGAUCUUUUAAAACGCUCCAUUUUGACUGCAGCUAAAAUAAAAUUAUGCCCUUGAUCUCGCAAGCAUCUCUUUCUUUAAGGGGGCAACAGCUCAAAACGUGGGAUGUGAGGGAUUCUCUGUAAUAGUUUUCCAUAACUUGCAGUCCCGUUUUUUAAAAGUUAUUUGUAUAUCCAAACCUAAAGGCACGUUUAAAAAAUAUGUCAAAAAAACAGGGGCACAAUAACAGAUUAAAUAAUUUUGUCAGUUGAUCUUUAGGGUAUGUAAAAUAUUUAAAGACAUGUAAAAUGUGUUUAAAACAGCUUCUAGCUUAUUCAACAACAUGUAGUUGUGAAAGACUCAUGAAGGAAAUGGUUACCCUGGUAAUGGGUUUUUCGGUGUCAUUUGAAACUAAAGGCUUUAUCCUGAAUAUCACUGAACAUGAUUUUUUUGUUCAUGUCACCUAGAAGAGGGUUUGCAAGGCAAACCCCACUUCUGGAAAUAAAUUGUUUUUUGUCAAAGUUCCUGAAUUCCCGAGACUGCAAAAGCAGUUUUAUAGGCACGUUGGUAUGAGGUGUUAACACACAUCUUAAUUAUUGCUCAUUCUGUUAAUCUUGAGUAACUGGGGUAAUGUGCGUCCUUGACUAAAUGCAAUAAGAAUGUAACAAUAGCUCACAUUGAAUGGUACUGAACAACACAACGAAAACAUCCAGACUUUAUAUCCUGUCUCACAGGACUCGAAAUUGCGACUGAUACGGUCUCCAAUGCGACUAACAUUUUCUCCUAAAAAUUCUGGUUUAGUCGCCACUUCGGUAACCAGAUUUCUUUAUGAUUUAGAUUUAAAUUAAAAGAGUUAAGUUAAAACAAACAUUUUAUCUUAUCUUGCUUUGCUUUCAUCACAAAAAAUGUGCCAAGUCGCAUAAACAAAGCCAGUUUACCUCCAAAUUUAUGUCGACUUCUGUGAUAUUUUCAAACAAUCAAAUAUGAUGGAUCGUGCCAUACUAUGAGCUGCAUCAUUUACAUUAUAUAAACUGGCGACUGAAAAUUUGCAUCUGGCAACUAUAUCUCUCCAGUUUGUGGCCAAAAGGCGACCUGAGAAACUUUUUUAAUUUUGAGCCCAAUCUCAGCAAAAACCCCAAGUGGUUGACUGGUUCUGUUUUUCAAUUACACAGGAUCAGAUAGAAAUUUUCCCUUGCCUUGAACCCUUGGUGCUUGUCCUAAAGCAAUUCUUACUUCAGCGUGACCUUAAUGAAGUAUUUACUGGUGGGAUCAGCUCAUACUGCCUUAUCUUGAUGACUAUCAGCUUCCUGCAGGUGCGUGAUUUGUGAUUCCCAAAUGUGUUCAAUACAGGGUUAAAUGAAAGUCAGGUUUACAGCCUGCUCGAUGGGCAAGCUUUAGCUCCAAUCUUGGACAAAACUGUUGAGAAAAUUGUAUACUUGGGAAGCAUUUUUCUAGACGUUGUAGCUGUACUGGUUCUUCCCUCUCCCCCUUCCCCUGAAAGUAGUGUUGUGUAUUCAAAAGAAAGCCUGAUCCCUGGGCGUUUGUAGGAAGCAACAUUGAAUUGGGGAAGGGUUUUUUUUCAAAGGCGCGUUUUGGAAAUAGUUUUGUUGCGUGAGGAAAGUGGACAUGAUGGGGAAAACUUUCUCGAGUAGUUUUGUCAGGGAUUGUAGCAGGUACUAGCCCUGUGGUAACUAACCUGAAUUUUUUGAGGUACAUGUUAAUGAUUAAUUUAUUUUUGUUAAUUAAUCAGUUACUUGCUUUAUUUAAUGACUGUAAUGAAAGAGAUAAUUUCACUUUGCCAGAUCAGCUCAAAAAACAGCUUUCAAUUCACAUGAAGUUUUCAGGAAUUUAAACAAUAUUUGUCUCACACUACUUCUGUAAUUUGUAUUCCCCCAAAAAACUUCACUGGCCCAUCAGGUAAGUUAAGAACAGAAUUCAGUAGCCCGAGUGCAAAUUCCUUUAGCCACUGGCUAUCAGACAUGACUUUCUUUGCACGCUGCUCAGUAGGUUUACUUUUACAGUGGAACCCUGCCUAUGCCCUGACUUUUGUUUAUGCAUUUUCAUGUUGAUAUGGGAGAAAGGAAGGAAGCAAGGAUUUAAAUGUUAAAAUAUUCUUGCUGUUGACAUUUACUAAAUGAUAAUUUUCCAAAAUAAAUAUUUUCCUCUAACUUUUUUUCACGUUUUUCACACAGCACCGUAGAACACCUCCUUCAAAAAAUCUUGGAGUGCUUUUGAUUGAAUUCUUUGAACUAUAUGGUAAACAUUUUAACUAUACAAAUGUUGGAAUCAGAGUCAAAGAUGGUGGCACGUACUUUUGCAAGCAUGAGGUGAGUAAGCAAAAUAAAAUAUUUUAUGGCUAUAAAAUACUAUUUUCUUUAAUACUACUGUUAAAUACCACACUGUACCCAUCCCUAUCAAAACAUGUAGGUGGGCAAGGUCUGCAUUCAAUAUUAUUUAGUUUGUGUCCUUUGUUCGACAGGAACUCACACCUUUUUAAAUAGUGUUGAUGAUGAUGGUGAUGAUGAAAUUCCUUUAAUAAUACUCUGUAGGGUUUGUGAGGGGAGUAACAGCCAUUUCUUUUAUUCAACCCUUCAGACACUGCAACAAACCCACUUUUUCUGUAACAAUUAAUUUUAUUUCUCGGUUCUUUGUCAUUUAGGUUAUGCUUGGUAUGAAUGAUGUGUAUAAUCAACCCGCUCUCCUGUGCAUUGAAGAUCCUUUUACGCCAGGUAAACAGAACAUACCAUAUUUCCUCGAAUAAUAUCUGUAAUAUCUGAGAUGGCUACUGUCAGUCUGACUACUUUCCUACUGUCUGAUAGCAAAUUUUAUUUCUCUUGGCUCCUUUCGGGGAAUAGAAACACUGUAUACAUCUACAUUGUUUAAAAACAUUUUUUCUUCGAAUUAAUGGGCAUAUUGUUAAAUUAUGAUCGACUUCUAACCCUGUUACACACUCCUAGAGUUGUGACAUGUGGCUCUAUCUUAUUAAAUACCAAACAUACCAAAGAGUGGAAAUAAAAUAAUUCUCAGUACACUUUUACUUCAAUUCAAUAUUUUAAAGAUGUUUUCAAUAGUGAAAGCACAACCCAGGUAAAAAUGUGAGGCGGGAUCCCGCCAAUCCCACCUGGGAUCCCAGGUUAAUCCCAGGUGGGAUCCCGCCAGAAAUAGGCGGGAUCCCUCCUGGGAUCCCGCCUGGGAUUAUGGAACGUCCCGGGAGGCAUCCCAUCUGGGAUUCCAACUAGGAUCCCACCAAUCCCACCUGGGAUCCCACCUGAAAUCCUGGGUGGGGUCCAAGAAACCAUCCCACCUGGGAUUUGUAAAAAUCCCGCCAAUCCCACCCAGGAUCCCGCCUGAAAUCCCGGGUGGGAUCAAAGAUAUCCCACCUGUGAUAUCAGAUGGGAUAUCCUACCUUUCCUGGCAGCAUCGAAUGCAGGUUGUUAAAUUGAUGAGAUCCUGCUAUCCCACCCUGUCAUACACAGGAAAUUGAUAUUUAUCGUAGAGGGAUUUGAAGACAUAUAACUUCUGCACCAUAUUUUUAACUUAAUCUGCAAAUUUAUUAGGAAAAUAGAGUUAAUAUACAUGUAAGUCUUGAAUAAAAUGCAACUUUAAUAAGUCUACAUAUACAAUAUUCAGUCAUUGCAGAACAUUCAAAUAUGUGAUUAAAUCUUUUGAAAAAAAAACGACAACAACACAAAUGCAGUAUUUUCAUGGAGAAGUUUCAUUCAAACCCCAAGUUAAAGUUUGCUUAAUUUGCUUAUCGUGUAGACUUUUGGCUGAUGUCGUGCUCUUCAGUGCCAUACACUUUUCUUUUGACUGCAACGAAUAAGUAUCUGCAAACAGAAAAGUUGAGAUUUUAAGGCAAAUGAACACAAAAACAACCUGACGUUUUAGAAUUGAAACGAACAGUAUCGAAGCGUGAUCGAAGGUGACCGAUCCAACUUGUUCAGGUACGCCGAAAGGGGAGACAACACGGUAAAUCGAAACUCAAGUUGAGAAAAACAUCACUUACCAACGUUAGGAAUACUUUUUGUUGAACCUGGCAGGAAAACGACUUUAAAUUGAAGUAAAAAGAAGCGUCUUCUUGUAAAGACGCAUGCUUUACAGUUCGCCUUCUUUGACUUGAAAGUGCCCGCAUGGAAUCAGCCAAUUUUCACACCUUUUCAUUGGUUGAAAAGGCCCAUGUGACGAUAAAAAACGCUGAAUACGCAUGUGUUGAACUCACGGGCUUCCUGGGAACUAGUGGAAACAAAAUGGCGGACAAACACCAAGGACUGCAGCUAGCGUUUACGCAGUUUUGACCAUGAAUUUCUAUUCAGGAGUCGCCCAUAAUCAAGACGAAGGAUCGAAGCUAAUAUAAAAGAAGAAAAUGAUGCAUGGAGGUAUCAUUUCAAGUAAAGAAACUCUAGGGAAAAGCUAGAAAGGAAAGUUAAGUCAGGAAUGAUGGAUGUAGCGAUUCAUUAAUGCUUUACAAAAAUCUUCUCACUAAGAAACUAUCUGCAAGCACAAAAAAAAUUGUAGUAAAUGAUUUUUAAGUUUCUUAGUUUUAAACACUGCUUUUUACGUUGGAAGUAUGCUUUUUGUGUGUUUGUAUAAAAUAAAUAUUGUUUUGUUGAAAGUCAUUUUUACAUGUAUGUACAGGACAAUUUAUGAACGAUGGUGUCAUUUUCUGCUUAUAAAAAAACAUUUGUAAUUUAAUACAAUAAGUUAAUUGUCCUUUGAAAUUAAAUUGGGUACAGGAAGACGAUAAAUUCCAGCCGUAUUUUUAACUCCACAUGCAGAAAUGUAGAAUAAUAAGUUAAUUAGACUGCUUGCUAAGAUAUGUUUAACACAUAAUUAUAUAUAACCUACAUGGCUGUUAAAAGUCUUCUUAAUUAAGUUUGACUUAACUUUUGCAAGUAUGAAUAAAUCUUCUAAAAUCCCAGGUGGGAUCGUACAUGUGAAAUUAUCCCAAUGUUCCCAGGUGGGAUGUAUGUAAAGAUCCUGGGUGACAAUGUGUGAUCCCAGGUGGGAUAUGUGAAUCCCACCCAGGAUCCCGGGUGGGAUGUGUGGAUCCCACCCAGGAUCCCAGGUGGGAUGUGAUAAUCCCGUGUUUUAGGCGGGAUCCCAGGUGGGAUUAAUUUUUAAUCCCAGGUGGGAAUGGCGGGAUCCCGCCAUUAGAGGCGGGAUCCCGCUAAUCCCACCCGGGAUCCCAGGUGGGAUUAGCGGGAUCCCGCUGGGAUCCCGCCUGACUUUUUACCUGGGAAGCCAAGAGAAACUUUUCCCGCCUCUGUUGGCGAAAUGUGCUUGCUCUAGACGUAACACAUUUAAACAAUUAAAUUUGCUCUCAGCACAAAACUUUGCGUGUUUGGUGUAAUAGAGAUUUAUCAAAUAUCAAUGGAUAUCUCUUCUUUGUUUCCUCUGCAGUUACAAUUUAUAAUGUGCCAUUUUAGAAGUCAUUGUUAAAAUAGAAAAAUCUCAAAAUUUGCAUUUGCUUCAUAGUAAUUUGAUACUCUGUCAUUUAUAUACGGAGAACAUCGCAAAUUGUUUCCAUAGCAGUUCACAAAGAAAUCAUUCUUUUUAUUCAUAAAGGUACUUGAUUCUUUUCGCUAAAAUUUUUCUUGUCGUAACUUUGCCACUAUGAUUAAUUUUGUUCAUCAUGUACUUUUUUUUGUUUCACGUUUUGCCCUUAUUAGUAUUCAUUCGUUUAAUAAUUUUACGCAAGUGAAUUAAAAAGCAUCAAGUGUACAGUCGACUUUCCAUGCUCAGCUAGCCGCCUAAUAUUUUACACAUCCCCUGUUAGUUUUGUUGGGCUUAACUGCUAGAAUUGAAAUAAGGUCUCUUUUGUAUUUGUUAUUUAUUUAGGAAUGUAAAGCAAGUGGAUAAGAACUAAAAUUACACAUUUCUGGGAAUAAUCAUUUCUUUUUUACAUAACAUAUCCACGUCUGAUUUGUCUGAGUAACAUAGCCAUACUUCAUUGAAAUAUAGCCUUAGAAUUAUGCAUUUUUUAGUAGACUGAGAAUUAUCCGAUCUCCAAUGCUUAAUGAAACCCCUGCCUCUCUAUUGACUCCUCCUUCCUAACCAUGCUCAACCAUCCCCGCCUCUGUCAAGGACGUUCAAUUAGUCUGGCACCUGCCAGUGCUCUGUAGGGGUACCCUGUUGUGAAUGAUCAAUUAAUUUAACUGAAUGUUGAGUAGAAUGUUCUUAAUUGCUUAAAAAGGCUCUGCUUCCCCUACCCCCUCCCGCAUAACCCAGACGACUCAGUGACUCAGGUCUAGCUAGGAUUGCAUUGUCUUUUCUUGCAUGUAAUUAAGCUGGUAGGACAGUUUCAGUGCUUUUUUAUCAAGUUUGUUUGAAGUAUCAAUCUCUGAAUGAUAUCUGACCUGCCAAGCUCAUUACAAUGAGACUACUGUAACCGGGGCCACUUAGACAAAGUUGUCCAAUCGUAUUACAGGACAAUAACAAUACAUUCCAAGAAAGUUGGUUGUCGACCAAUCAGCAGCUUGUAAUAAAAACAGUAAGUGGCUUGAAGCCCGAAAAUUAAAUUAAUUAUGGCAAAAGUUUUUCAAGAAAGCAAAAUGUUUUACCAGACAAUGUUUUCUAUUCUAAACAUUACAUACAACACCGAAGAGACAUAUCUGUCUGACACAAGCUGUGAUUUUGUCAUACAUCAGCAAUUUGUUGGCUUCCAUUGCUGCGCUUUGCAAUAACAUGGUACCUCAAGUCAAAAAUGUAACUAACGUUUACGUUUUUUUCCUCUGUCAUUCACCUUAACAGACCUCUCAGUAAACGGAGGCAAGUUUUCAAGUUUUUGUCCAGGUGGUCCUGCAUGGUUAUAGUAGUUACACUGUAAUUAUUUCUGAGGAGUGUUAAAUAAGCCUGUCCUCACGCGCAUGUGGCUUUUUAGAAAAUUCAUGAUUCAAAAUAGUUAUUAUUGUGUUGUUGGUGGUUUACAGAGAACUACAUAGGCAAGAGUUCCUAUAAAUUCAUGGACGUCAAGCAGGCCUUUGAAUAUGCCUAUGAAACCUUGAGCAAACCACUGUUGAGGGAUAUUGACAAGACUUCUGACAGGCAAGAAAGUGUUAUGAUUUUCUUAAAGGCCAUUUAUUUGGCUGAUAUUGUAGAAUGGAAACAUAUCUUGCUAGAAUAAUUUUUUUUAUAAGACUUAUCUUCUACAGCAGGUAGGAAUAAAGUUUGUCUACUUAGUCUUCUACUCCUAAACCAGAAGGCCUGGCCCGAGUUGUUCAGUAGGUGGAUAAUGCUAUCCAUUGGAUAAAUGACUCUCCACUGGAUAGCGCAAUUGGUUUUGCUAACACUUAUCUGUUGGAUAGUUCUUUAUCCGGUGGAUGGCACUAUCCAUCUUUUGAACAACCGGGGCGUGGUUUAAAUGUACGAUACUUUCCCCCUGCCCCCCCCAAAAUGAGUGUUAUUUGCUAUCUCCUCAGCACUUAAGAAUUAUUCUUAAGUGCUGAGGAGAUAGCGUAUUGUUUUAAGAGUUUUUUGUUUUGUUUGUUUGUUUGUUUGACAUUAACUGUUUUUUGACUAGCAGACUCCACGGUGAUGAAGGUGGUUAUCUUGGGCGGGUUGUUUCAGUGAAGGAUGAUGUAGUAGAGUAUCGAGAAUGGGUAGAGAGUGUCUGGGCACAAUACAGUACUCCAUUGAUUACUCAAGUUAGCUGCCCAUCAGUUCCAACAUAUGCAAGCAUAGCAAACAGGCAUGCCCAGCCUGGGAAUGUUAUAAAGACUCAAGGUGUGACAUUGCAGGACAUGUCCAACAGAAGUGCCACUUGGCCUAGCUGUAGGUCACAAUCAAACGUGGAAACAGCUGUGUUAGAAACCAGAAUGGCCGUGCAGAGGGAGUGGCAACAAAGUGCAGACUGCCUUUAUACUCUCGCUGGUGGUAUUAAAACAAAACCAAGUACAAACUCAGUGUGGACAGCAACCUCUGUUCGAAAACUGGCAGAUUCACUUGCCCAAGACAAUGUAGCCAGGCGAAAAGGAGGUAAUGAAAUGAGGACUGCUGACAGUGUACGGAUAACAAAGCUAUCGUCAAACUCAAAACCUUCACCCACAUACUCUAAUCAGAUAACUUUGUCUUCAGAAGUGAACUCUUACUCGGCAGUGACAAAGCACUCAAGAACUGCAACUUUAAAGGAAAAUCUUCCUACUUCAACAAAGACCAGUGUAGUCAACUUGACAGCUAAAUCUGUGUUAGAUUCAGGUGCAACAUCAACCAAAACUUCUACAGUUGUGUCAUCAUCAAAGUCAAAAGCUGUGUCAGCAUCAGGGCAAAUGUCAACAAACAAUUCUUUCGCAAUUGACUCCACGUCUAAGUCAAAAUCAAUGUCGCCUGGCUCAGGAAAUGCUGUGACUAAGGUGCCUGUAGUUGACUUGACAUCCAAGUCAAAGGCAGUAUCAGUUUCAGGGCAAACUUCAACAAAGUCUUUGGGACAGACUUCAGUGAAGGCACUGGGGAAAGUGCCUGAGAAUGACUUGGCAUCAAAGUCAAAGUCUGUUUCAACUUCAGGACCAGUAAGUGGUGGCUCUCACAAAAAGACUGAGGAACGAAAAACACCAGCUUCUAAUAACAAUGUAAGUGGCAACCAUAUUUCUACACAGAGUUUAAGUUUCUAAAGAAUACAUGGUUGACAUUUUUUUUUUGAGGCUAAAGUGAGAAGUAACAUGAGUUAUUCAUUCAUUUACAAAACGUUAUGGCAUGACCAUUCUUGGAAUGUUUUAAUUUUAUUCCAAUUUAUUGUACAAAAAAAAAAUGAGUAGAAUUUUUUUCAUCUUUAACUGUGGCUGCUGUAGUGGUAGGGUCGUCAUAGAGAUAUUCAGCCACGUGUAUACAUUUUUAUUGUAGGGAAGAUGUACUUGUUCUCAGGUUAAAACAGUCUUCACUCCAGGUUACCGUCAGGGUUAAACUCCUAACAUAAAGCUAAUGCUUAUAUGCUGAGUACAGUUUUUACCUGAAAAAAAAUUUUUUUUUAAAAUUUUAUUUGCCAUACAGUAAUUACAAAAAAUAUAGGAAAAGAAGAAAAAAAGAAGUGGCGAGGAGACCUAACAGAAACUAUAGGAGCUUAUGAGAGGUUAGGCCUCCUCGAACUAUGAGCUAGAGCUGUUUCACAUCAAUUGAAGAAAAGAAGGCGAAAUGGAUUUUAAAUUAGAGUGAUUUCUCGUGCACUGAUUGGUCAAGAGCUAUGCCUAAUAAGAGUACAGACUAUAGAAGUGAUGUGAUGGUGGCGCAAUUUGUUUUUCUCUUUAUAUCGCGUGCGAUUUUCCAAGAAACUUCAACGGAAAUGGACAUCAAAAACUGUCAGUGUUAUUACAGUGGAAAACAAUAAUUUUUCAUGGCCCGUUCUUUUAUCAAUCAUAGAAAUGCCAUCAAAAUGUUCACAACUUUGCAGUAAAACCACUCACCUAUGGCUAGUUCCACUCAAGUUUUGAACAUUUUGACAUCAUUUAGAACUUUGGUGAAGAAAAGUACAGAUCAUGGGAAAUUGUCGUUGAUUUGUUAAUCACCUUCAGCAGAAACUGUGGUUUGCUGGUGUUCCUGAUGCUCUGACUUUUAGCCUGCAAGCAAGUUCUCUCUACAUCGCCCCAAUUGAGUGAGCUUUCCUGUAGGCUACCUAAUCUUAAAUCCUUGCCAUACUUAGUACAUUUGAAAAUUUUUUAUACAUAUUGAUAUUUGAUAUUAAAAGUAGCAAAAUGAGAAAGUAAAUGUCACGAUCAUUUAGAAUAAAUUAUUAGCACCAUCAUCACUGCAAGUCUUGAUUGAUUUCUUUGCUUUAAUCUUUUGUCACUAGCUGAAGUGCAUUAUGUAUGAAUUAUUAAAGUAGUUUUUCUUUUAAAAUGUUUAGAAUGCAGUGGUUGUCACUUCACCAAAGCUGGUCUCAAAGACCAGUAGUCACCUGAAUAAAGACAAUGGCAUAGGAAGACAAGGCCCCCCAACAACAGUUCUAAACACAAGCAAAAGUAGUAACAACAAUCAUCAAAAUAGCAACAUUACUAAAAACACCAACGGUAAUUCCAAGGUCUCGUCAAAGCAGAAGAAAGGAAAAUCAGCAAAGACUAAGAAGGGCAAGAGUUCGUGACGGAGCACAGAGAAGCCUAUCUUAGAAUAGGCCUGGUAAUGUAUCAUAGCUUAAAUUAUCAUUUACGAUUUCUGUAACGAAAAUAUUGUAAAAAGGAGAAAUGCGCUGAACAUUGAAUCAGUUAAAAAGAAACAUAUGAAUAUAGUUUUGAAAGAAAAAAAUUAAAUUAUAUAUUAUUAAGCAUUUUAAACAACAACAAAGACAUUUCAAUAUACAUGCAAUUUCAUCCCAGCUUUGUUCCAUGUGAAGAAGAUCAGGUGAAUGGUUUCAAUUUUUUUUUAUACUCAGCUUUUUAGUUGUUGAUUCUUGAAUGAAAAUCUUUUCAAGCAACCAAGUGUGUAAGUAACACCUGCAUGCUGCCCGCAAGUGUGGGGCCAAAGUAUUGUUUGUUAAUAACUACAGAGUGAAAUAUUUCCUUUUUGCAUGUAGUUGAGUUUCUUCCCGCAAGCUGUUCUUCCUUUCUUGGAAGAGAAAAACUAAAGAAGUGGGGCAUGCAUGUAUUUCUUGAGAGCCACUUAAUUAUCAGCAAAAAAACAUAGGCUGUUGAUAUCAAAUACAAUUGGAACUUGAAAGUGAACCUUUUCACUGCAAGGUCAAGUUAUAGUGGAACAAUUUGGCACUUCUAACUUCUAAAUCUUUGGAUGAAAUCCUUUAGUAUUACCAUUCAAGUGAAACCUCUUUGGAAGAACUUUUGUUUUGUGCUAUUAUUUUAUUUCCCAUUAUGUUUAGACUGUUCACAGUCCCCUAUUUUUUCGUGAAUCGUCGAGAUAUAGCGCGUCUUUUAAUGACAGCCAUCUUGGUUUUCAAAUGUACCGAGGGGGCGGGCGUCGGGGAUUAUAGCUCUAGGGGGAGGUGGGCGAGAAAAAUAGAGGGACUGUAAUAACAUCACUGCAGUUUGCGUUCACAGAGCGCGUUGUACCAGCAACGCAGUCGUUUGAUUGGUCAUAAGACAAUAGAUGUUAAUUUGCGUUGACAACGGGUUUAGUUUAAGUUGCCGACACUGACAAGUCGUUGACAAGUCGUCGUUUCUAUAAAACGCACGCUUUCAUACCUUAAGGUACAACUUGCGCAAACACACGAACGAUUUUUGGUAUUUUUCGGAUGAAUCACGUACGUCAACAUGCUUUGGAAGCAGCCCGGCCGCGGGAAUGUUGUAACACAGUUUCUGCCAAACGAAUUGAAAUUUAACGCAACGCCGACGCAAAAAAGAUGACCUGUCAGAAAUGCCUGGCUUUUUAUCGGGAGGUUUUAACCAUUUUAGUCUAUGGUCAAAUGAGCAUGCUUAGCGAUUCGAUUAGGAAAAUGUUUCUCUUGUGCCUGUUUGCCGAUUUUUUUUGUAGGAAUGGCCUAGUAACAUUAUAAAAUCACUGUUUCGAAAGGAGAUAUUUGUAAACACGCGUAAUCGAUGCUAAAUGUGUCUGGCAUGUUUUUCAUCGCCAGCGGAGUUUCUUAAUUAAUGAAUGGUAAAAGGCGUGAAAUUCCUGUCACGCCUCCUGAACGCGAGCUGCAGUGAUGUUAUUACAGUCCCUCUAUUUUUCUCGCCCACCUCCCCCUAGAGCUAUAAUCCCCGACGCCCGCCCCCUCGGUACAUUUGAAAACCAAGAUGGCUGUCAUUAAAAGACGCGCUAUAUCUCGACGAUUCACGAAAAAAUAGGGGACUGUGAACAGUCUACAUUAUGUUACAAAUAGAAAUUUUUCAUCAUCAUGUUUUUUACAUUGCCCGCUGUUAAGUAGAAGGGUUAAAUUUCUUGAAGAAAAUCCCCUUAUGGUUAUGUGAUCCUACGGUCUUAUUUUCUAGUUUUCCAGCUCAUUAGGUAGAAAGGAAAGGAGACUUCAUAUGAAGUCCUAAUCCGUAAUCUAAAAAGUAAUAACCAAGUAUGUGACCAUAAAUCAAAGCUAUUUAAAACAAAAAUAACUUUCACUUGUCAAAAAAGUGGUGCUAGUUUAGAGCAAGGUAUGGUAAUAUGUGAUGCUGGACAUUAUGUACGUGGUCAGGUUAAUAAGAACGACCUCUGCCGACACAGCUUUGAUAAGAAAGAAAUAGCUAAUAAUUGUUGCCUGUAAGCAUGAUGUGCAUGUGCUUGACUUAUUACAACCAUGACGACCACCUUCGGGUGGAGGUGAGAUGCCUCUCUAGGCAGGUGACCAUCAUGGGGAGGGAGGUAGGGGUGUGAUGUGACAUCAGUUUUUUUGUUGUUGUUGUGGGGGUGGGGGGGUGUUGGUGGUUAAAACAUAUAUUUUCAUGUGAUAUCCAAACAAGGAGA